AAAUCCCGCCCCUUGCCCCAUGGCGUGAGCUCGUUCACUUGAGGUGUAGUCCAUGGCACAGGGCAUACUAACGCUUGUAUGUCAUACCUGCCCCUUCGCCUGUAAAACUGUAGGGCGUCCUUUGGCCUAGACUGACGCGCUCGGUAGCCACCCCAGGGCGAGUGGCUUUGUGCCGGGCGCCACAAGCCAAGCCGAAGUUGUUCGCCACAUGGUUGUACAGGCCGUACGCUGCGCAGUUUGCCGCCUCGCUUCAGCUGCUCUGGCAAGGCAUGCCCUCAAGAAGUUUGGUUGAGCCAGGCGCGUCGACUUUUCAUUUCGAAUGCAUCGAGCGCCUUUGCUCGGCCUCCUCCCUCCUUGUCCUGCUCUCGCCUGUGCUCUCGGGAUGGCAAGCCCCCCUCGUUCCCUAUCUGGCGCUCCUUCUUGCAGCAGCUUGACUGCAUCGCAGGCAGGAGGCGUUCUCGGACGCCCCCUCUCGCAGCGCCAGACGGCCGCCCUCCACCGCGCCGCCCCCCAUCGCGUGCGCCGCCGGCUCUGCCGCACGUCCACUUCCUGCUCCAGCUGCGACCUCUUCGCCGGCCCCGCCCUCGAGCGUCGCCUCGUGGCAGCCUCGGCUCGCGCGCGGCUCGGUGCAGGGGGCAUCUCCGGGGCGCACGCGGCGGGGGUCAGCGCUAUAACGGGGGUCAGCAGCAUCCCCUGCAGGAUCCUCUGGCUGACCCGGGCUUGGGAGCCACGACUCCGCUGCCCCGCCCCCCACGGACCUGGUUUGGGAGCUGAUCUGCGGCCGCCUUGGCCUCGCGACCUGGCCCUGCCUGACCUGGGUUUGCGCUGACCUGGGCUAGUGCGCCCCCGAUUUCUUAGGCAGGGGCGCCGAGCGUGAAUCUGGGCAGCCCGGUCGUAUGGAGCGGCCGUGCGGGCGGGAA